UUGUGCGAUGUCAACUAUGGAAAAUGAUGGUGGUGAUGAUUCAACUCUAUGGGGUGCUACCAAUGAAAAAAUUUAUAUAGAUGUUAUGGUAGAUUUAAUAAACAAAGGUGGUAUGAAAGAUGGUAAGUUUAGUUCAAAGGAAUGGACUAAUAUACUUGAAGCUCUGAAUAAUAAGUCUAAAAGAAACUACAACAUGAAGCAAAUUAAGCAGAAAUUCAAUAGGCUUCGAAGUAAGCAUCGUGAGUUUAGUGAGCUGUUGCAACAAACUAGAUUUGGUUGGGAUGCUGAAACUAAUACUGUGAAUGCUACAGAUGAAAUGUGGCAAAACUAUAUACGGGUGCAUCCUAAAGCAACUGAAUUUCGAAAGAAAGGAUGUGAGCAUUACAAGCUAUUAGGAAUUAUAUUUAACAAGUCACCUGCUACUGGAGUGUUUCGUCAUGCAUCUACUAGUGAUCCACCCAAUACUGAUGAUGAGAUGAAAUUGGAGGCUGAGAGUGCACACGUUAACAUUAGUCAUGAUGAUCCCUUUUCUACUCUCGAUAAAUUAACAAGCAAUUUGAGGAAACGCACUGCAUCAUCUAGCUCAAAACAUAGAAGUAAAAAGGAAACUAGGUCACAACAAAUGAGUGCUGCAAUCCAAGCAUGGAUUGAGACAGCAAAGGCAAAGACAGAAGUUGCUAAAGCUAAGGCAGAAAAAUAUAAAAGUUCCUAUAGUGUGGAUGAUAAUAGUAUUGGUAAUGCAAAAGAUUGUUCCAUUUCUACAUGUGUGAGCCUUCUUGAAGCAAUAGAUGGAGUUGACAAUGCUACUUAUCUUAAAGCAGUAGAAAGUUGA